AUGGGGGGAGCUAAGAAGCCCACACACCCGAAGUACAGCGCUAUGGUCCGCGCGGCCAUAGAGGUCAUGAGAGAGCGCUGGGGAUCAUCCCGCCAGGCUAUCCAGAAGUACAUCCUCACCACUUACAGCGUGAAGGACGAGAAGAAGACGUAUACUCACAUCAAGAUAGCGUUGAGGAGAGGCGUCGAUAGCGGUUGCCUGACGCAGAUUCGAGGGAGCGGGGCCUCCGGGUCGUUCAAACUUGCCGAUGCCCGAAAAGGAUCCGAGAACGAGAGAAGAGCUUUGCGUACCAGUGAAGCCUCGAGGAAGACAAAAUCUCACGCGUACGUCUGCAAGAAAACGUUCGUGAAGGUGCACAUUGCCGAGAAUCCAGCGGGCGGGAGGCAGAUCGGCCAAAGGCAUCUCUCCAAGACGGAGAUUGAGGAGAGAUCAAGAAGGAGGGAAUUCAUCGCUAAGGAAUCUGUAACGAAAGCAAAUGCCAAGAGAUCAUGGACAAAGGUAAAAGCCGAUAGCAAGGUGAUUGUCAAGAAAUCAUACAUAAAAGCAAAUACCGCUAACAAGAUAAGUGUUAAAAAAUCUAACCAGAUCAAUGUUAAGCGAUCUAACAAGAUAGCUGUCAAGAAGUCAUUAACAAAAGCCGCUGACAAAAUACCUGUCAAGAAAUCUGUCAACAAAGUGCCAAACGAGGGUAAACCAAAUAUCCAAAAAUUUACACUGAAGAAAGCUGCCAAAUUUUUAGGACGCGAGACGACGAAAGUGAUCAAGAAAACAGCCGUUAUUGUUAGGAAUAAACUUAAUAAAUAA